AUGUUCAAAGCAGGUUAUACUGCAUAUUUAGGGCAAAAUUAUACCGAAUUAAAGAAAAAAGCCAAAGAAAGUGGUAAACCUUUUGCUGAUGCUGAAUUUCCUGCUGAUCGAAGUAGUUUAUUCGUGUCCAAAGAUAAACAAGUAUCAGGACCAUUGGAAUGGAAACGACCUACGGAGAUUACCGAUAAUCCAAAAUUUUUUGUCGAUGGUACCAGCCCUAGCGAUGUAACCCAAGGCCAUCUGGGUAAUUGCUGGUUUGUGGCAGCAUGUGCUUCGCUCUCGCAAGAGAAAUCACUCGUGAAUAAAGUGAUUCCUAACGUAGGUGAACAAGAUUACGACACCAGCGAUGGAGAACACAGUGGGAUCGUCCAUUUUCGUUUCUGGCGUUUCGGUGAAUGGGUAGACGUUGUUAUAGAUGACCGUUUACCAAUGGUAGAUGGAAAACUUAUUUACGUGCAUUCCAAGCAGAAAAAUGAAUUUUGGAGCGCAUUGCUAGAGAAAGCUUAUGCAAAGCUCGCAGGCUCCUAUGAAUCAUUAGAAGCCGGUAACACUGCCGAUGCUCUCGUUGACUUUACUGGUGGUAUUGCGGAGACAAUAAAAAUGGAUGGGGAAGAUUACUCGGAUGAUAAUAACCGCGAUCAAUUGUUUAAAUUAAUGGAUAAAUCUAUGGAUCGUCAUGCGCUUAUAUGUUGCUCUAUUAGGACGGCUGAUCAAACGAAAAGAGAAGAAAGGACUGACAUGGGUUUGAUACUGUUACAUGCUUAUGGUGUGACAAAAGUCACAAAUUUUAAAUUAGGAGAAGGCUUGCGAUCCUUUUUUCGAUCUGAAAAGGUUCCUAUGGUUCGCAUGAGAAAUCCAUGGGGCAAAGGUGAAUGGAAAGGUGCCUGGAGCGAUGGUUCUGAAGAGUGGAACAGGGUCAAGAAAUCUGAACGAGAAAAGGUUGGAUUAACAUUUGAGGAGGAUGGAGAAUUUUGGAUGUCCUUUGAAGAUUUUACGAAAUACUACACCCAUGUAACAAUUUGUCGCGUUAUCAACACUUCUUUUAUGACUAUUCAUAAAAUUUGGAAAGAAUCCACUUUCCACGGAUGUUGGUCCACGUCUGCCAAUAGAGCGGGUGGUUGUAUUAAUAAUCGGGCAACGUUUUUACAAAAUCCACAGUACGCUUUCGAUGUUACUGACGGAGAAUACGGCACAACUGUGAUAGCAUUGAUGCAGAAAGAUAAACGAUUAGAGAAACGCUCAGGUCAUGGCGAAAAUCUAAGUAUAGGCUAUUAUAUUAUGAAGGUUGCAGUAAAUCGAAAUUAUCGACUACAUACAGUAAAUCCCAAAGCUGCUGAUGUAACUUACAGCAAUUCGAGAGAAGUUACUGGACGAUUUGAACUGGAAGCAGGUAGAUACGUUAUUAUUCCCAGCACCUUUCAGCCAGGAGAAGAUGGUGAAUUUUUGUUGCGGAUGUAUACGGAAAAUAGUGCUGGCGCAAAAGAGCUAGUAAAGAGUUCUCCUACUGGCGGCGGUUUUUGUGGUUGUUUCAGCAAAUCACCGGUAGCAAUCGUUCAAAUUGAUGCUAUUGCAGCAAAGGAUUUGAGUAAAAAAAAUCGUAGCGGCGUUGGUGCUAGUCCGUAUUGCAUUAUUAAAUGUGGCAAAGAGUCAGUCAGAACUCCAGUUAUCAAAGAAACUUUGAAUCCAAAAUUUGAUGCUUCGGCCAUUUUUUAUUUGCGUAAUCCUAAUUCUGCCAAAGCUGUAAUCGAGAUAUGGAGUAAAGGUACUGUUAUGGAUUCUUUUAUGGGAAAAGCCGAGAUAGCAGUAGAAUUGAAUCGUAAUAAAGUUUGUGAUGAUUUACCCUUGUUUUCGAAUAAGAAGCCCAAGAAAAAUGAACAGCCAGAAAAAGAACCUGGCACGUUAUCAGUUAAAAUUAAUUGCUCAGAUAAUCUUGAGGAAUUAUAAAUUAUUCAUUUACUUUCUGAAUGUUGUUCUCAUACCGUACCAUAUAUUGGCAACAGUAUAGUGAGAUCGUUUAAAAAAAUUAUUCGAUCUGAGAAUCUAUAACUACCAAACUUUGAGGUGUCAAUAGUUGCAGCAUUUUGUCCUGUCACAGUUCCUAAAUGAACUUUACUUACUCUUGGCCAAGUAAUAGCGAUUAUGGUGUAAUACUAACAAGACGUUGGAGUUAUUUUUUGAUUGCCUAAGGAUACUAUAAGUCUAUUUAGUUCGCAUCACACUUUAAGAUUGGUGUCUUGUAUUGACUCUACGUCUUUGCUGGUGCUAAAAGGAUACGAUCGGCAAAUGAAAGACUUGGUUUUUGUUGCUGCUACGUAAAAUACUAUUCGUUUACAGUAUAUGUCUUUUGAUGAAGAUUACCUUGAUCAAGUCAUGCUAUUAAUUAAUUAAUAUACUUUGCUAUUUACAUCUAUUUACUAAAAGUAAAUUAUACUUCAUUCUAAUGCGUUUGUUUAAAGGAUUACAAUUAUUUUCUAUCAUUUCCUUUGGUUACAAUGAUAAAGAGAUGGGUAUAGUAACGAGAGUUAACGUAAUUUGUCAUACCAUUUAUAAUCAAAUGACAUAAUUUUGCUUGGUCAAUGUUAAGAAUGUUGCACAUCUAUGUAAUGUAUGUAUUGCGUUUUAAGUUGGCAUUGUCAUCUUAACAUUAUUAACUGAGCCUCA